GGGCGGGCACGGGCUGAGUCACUCCCCGGAGGGCCUGGGGCCUGGGGCGCUGGGAGACCGCUGCGGGAGCGCGCGGGCAGAUUUACAGCGAGAGUGGAGAGGUCAGAGAUCCUUUGGGAGCUGGAUGAUCCUGUGCCUGGCAGAGCAGUUCCUGGUUCGAGAUGGGGUCCCAGGUCUCUGUGGACAAGGGCUCUGUGCACGUGGUGAUCGUGGGCGGGGGCUUCGGUGGGAUCACAGCCGCCAGCCAGCUCCAGGCCUGGAAUGUCCCCUUCCUGCUGGUGGACAUGAAGGACUCCUUCCACCACAACGUGGCCGCCCUCCGGGCCUCCGUGGAGAGUGUGCUGCACCGUGACCUCCAUUCCCCAGGGUUCGCCAGAAAGACUUUCAUUUCCUACUCGGCAACCUUCAAGGACAACUUUCGGCAGGGCCUGGUGGUCGGAAUAGACCUGAAGAAUCAGAAGGUGCUGCUGCAGGACGGCGAGGCCCUGCCCUUCUCUCAUCUUAUCCUGGCCACUGGCAGCAAUGGACCCUUCCCGGGCAAGUUUAACCAGGUUUCCAGCCAGCAGUCCGCCAUCCAGGCUUAUGAGAACAUGGUGAAGCAGGUCCAGAGGUCACAGUUCAUUGUGGUGGUGGGAGGAGGUUCCGCGGGAGUGGAGAUGGCAGCAGAGAUUAAAACCGAAUAUCCUGAGAAGGAGGUCACUCUCAUUCACUCCCAGGUGUUCCUCGCCGACAAGGAGCUCCUGCCUUCUGUCCGGCAGGAGGUGAAGCAGAUCCUCCUCCGGAAGGGCGUGCAGCUGCUGCUCGGUGAGCGAGUGAGCAACCUGGAGGAGCUGCCUCUCAGUGAGUAUCAGGAGUGCCUCAAAGUGCAGACGGACAAAGGCACGGAGGUGGCCGCCAACCUGGUGAUUCUCUGCAAUGGCAUCAAGAUCAACAGCUCUGCCUACCACAGUGUGUUUGCAGAGAAUGGACUGGCCAGCAACGGUGCCCUGAGGGUUAACGAGUACCUCCAGGUGGAGGGCUACAGCAACAUCUAUGCCAUCGGCGACUGUGCCGACGUGAAGGAGCCCAAGAUGGCCUAUCACGCCGGCCUCCAUGCCAACAUUGCCGUGACCAACAUCAUCAACUCCCUGAAACAGAGGCCCCUCAAGGCCUACAAGCCCGGUGCGCUGACGUUUCUCUUGUCCAUGGGAAGAAACGAUGGUGUGGGCCAGAUCAGUGGCUUCUAUGUGGGUUGGCUCAUGGUUCGGCUAAUCAAGAGCCGGGAUCUGUUUGUCUCCACAAGCUGGAAAACCAUGAGGCAGUCUCCACCCUGAAGGGGAGGCCGGGCCAGGUGCCCAGGAUGGUGGCCCGACCCUGUGGCAGACAGCAGAGCCAGUGCUGACGGCUUUGUCCAGGACUCGUGGACCAUCACCAGCCAGCUUCACCCUUCCCAGGAGCUGGACCUGCUGCUGGGGAAACAGGCUGUGCUGUCUGACCCAGGCCUAGCGUGGUGGGGGUCUCAGCCCACGAGUGACAGCCUUAUUCCAUUUGAGUAUCUGUAACAUUCUAGAAGUAUUCACCAUUGGGGCACAGUUUUCCAAACCACAGAAAAUGUUUGUGGCAAUAAAAGAACAUGUAGGAAGAAAGACA